ACCCAUCCUUCCUCUCUCUGUUCUUUUCUUGUUUCAGCCAACUCCAACACCGCCUCUUCCCGAAAAGUGGACGACCCAGCCAAUGAAUUAUGAAUGUUGAACAAGAUGACCUCUUCUCGGCAGCAGCAGACGAUGAGAGGUCCUAGGUGGAACCGGGCCCUGUCCGACCCUUUGUUUGUGCUGCUUCUAGCCCUCCAGCUCCUGGCGGUGGCAGGCCUGGUGCGCGCUCAGACCUGCCCCUCUGUCUGCUCCUGCAGCAACCAGUUCAGCAAGGUCAUCUGCACGCGGCGGGGGCUCCGUGAGGUCCCCGACGGCAUAUCCACCAACACACGCUACCUGAACCUGCAGGAGAACCUCAUCCAGGUGAUCAAGGUGGACAGCUUCAAGCACCUGCGGCACCUGGAGAUCCUGCAGCUGAGCAAGAACCACAUCCGAAACAUUGAGAUUGGGGCCUUCAACGGCCUGGCUAGUCUCAACACUCUGGAGCUGUUUGACAACCGCCUCACCACAAUCCCCAAUGGGGCCUUUGAGUACCUCUCCAAGCUCAAGGAGCUGUGGCUGAGGAACAACCCCAUCGAGAGCAUUCCCUCGUAUGCGUUCAACAGGGUGCCCUCACUACGGCGGCUGGAUUUAGGGGAACUCAAACGCCUCUCGUAUAUCUCAGAGGGGGCUUUCGAGGGCCUCGGCAACCUGCGCUACCUGAACCUGGGCAUGUGCAAUCUGAAGGAGAUCCCCAACCUCAUCCCACUGGUCAAGCUGGACGAGCUAGAGAUGUCAGGGAACCAGCUGACGGUCAUCAGACCUGGCUCCUUCAAAGGGUUGAUCCAUCUGCAGAAGCUGUGGAUGAUGCAUGCCCAGAUCAAAACCAUUGAAAGGAACUCCUUUGACGACCUGCAGUCGCUGGUGGAGCUCAACCUGGCCCACAACAACCUCACCCUGCUGCCCCAUGAUCUCUUCACCCCCCUGCACCACCUGGAGAGAGUCCACCUCCAUCACAACCCCUGGAACUGCAACUGUGACAUCCUGUGGCUCAGCUGGUGGCUCAAAGAGAUGGUGCCGGCCAACACCAGCUGCUGUGCCCGCUGCAGUUCCCCAGCCAGCCACAAGGGACGCUACAUAGGUGAGCUGGACCAGAACUAUUUCCACUGUUACGCACCUGUUAUUGUGGAGCCACCAGCGGACCUGAACGUGACAGAGGGUAUGGCUGCAGAGCUGAAGUGCAGGGCCAGCUCUCUGACCUCAGUCAGUUGGAUUACGCCCAAUGGCUCCAUCAUGACCCACGGUGCAUACAAGAUCCGCAUUUCUGUGCUCAACGACGGCACGCUCAACUUCACCAAUGUCACCAUGCAAGACACGGGAACCUACACCUGCAUGGUAAGCAACUCAGCAGGCAAUACCACAGCAUCUGCCACUCUCAACGUGUCUUCCACAGAGAACGUCCUCAGCUACUUUACCACAGUAACAGUGGAGACCAUCGAGCCAGUGCACGACGAGGGGCGCUCCACCGUGUGGCAGAAGGUAGGCCCCACCCCCUCCGCCGGAUCCUGGGAGACUGUGUCGUCCACCUCCACCACCACCACAACGGCCCGGACGCCCCUCUCCACCCGGGCCACAGAGAAGACCUUUACCAUCCCUGUCACGGACCUGAGCGACAGCUCCAUGACCGGCCUGGAUGAGGUGAUGAAGACCACCAAAAUCAUCAUCGGCUGCUUCGUGGCCAUCACCCUCAUGGCCGCCGUUAUGCUAAUCAUCUUCUACAAGAUGAGGAAGCAGCACCACCAGCAGAACCACCAUGCGCCACAGCGCACCAUUGAGAUCAUCAAUGUAGACGAGGACUGUGUGACAGGCGGGCCGGCCAUGGAGGGCCACCUGAAUCUGCCCCCGCUGGAGCAUGAGCACCUGAACCACUACAACACCUAUAAGUCUGCGUACAACCACGUCUCCACUAUCAACUCCAUACACAGCUCGGCGCACGAACCUUUGUUAAUCCGGGCCAGUUCGAAAGACAAUGUACAAGAGACUCAGAUCUAACAAUUUUUUCAUAAAGAGACGAACUGAUGAAAUUACAAAAGGGACAUUAUUGGAUAUUAGUUAUGAGGAUUAUGGAUAUGAAGUGGAGGACUUGACUGACUGUUUGUCCAGCGAAUCAGUGGUUGAUGAUGUUUAUUCAAUGACAUUGGGAACUAGGGUAUGUCUAAUGUUUCAAAAAAUGUCUUUACAAAAAAGAAGUUAUUUAUUUAAGAAAAAAUCUAUUGUGGCUAAAUCAAGAAAAAAGUGUAUUCUGCAAUUAUUUUUUCAGACCUUAUUUCAUCAGAUGUUUAGUUUUCUUAAUUUGAGGGAGGAUGGUUUACUAAUAUGCUUACAAACUCUAUGUGAAUCUCAAGUUAACCAUGUUCUGGUUUCCCCCAAUCUGUAAGUGAUGGCAAGUUGGCAACCUCUUUUUACCCAAUAUACUUAGAUAAUUUCUAGAUCACAUUAGAGAUUUCCUCCUGCCACAAAUUAAUUGAUUAAAUAUUUUGUGAAAAUCUGUUAAUUUAGAUGGAUUAAAAGCUUGGUUGUUAUCUGAAGGUGAAUGCUGGGACUGUCAGUGAUGAAAUCUGAUAACACAAUAUUUCAUUAAAUCUGCCACUCAAAUUAGAUACAGAUGUACCCUUGGCUCUGCCAUCAAUAGAUUAGGGACGUUAAACGAGGGAAGUGUGAUCCAAACUAUACCAUGGCCAACUGUUAGCAACAAGUGAUUCAUAGUUAUCUCACUGUGUGUAUUACGCCAGAAAAUCACAUUUCACACAGUGUUUGUCUCAUUGUCUCAUACCAUACCAUUGUCUCAUACCAUUUGUGAUUCCUUCUCCUAUUCCACUUGCUCUGAUCCAUCAUAACUUUGUGAGUCAUGGAGAUCGCAUUGGCAAAUACAGUCAGGCAUAUGAGAGCUCCCUGAAUGUCAUACCGCCUUUUCCCAUCCCACACCAGCUGUUAUGAUGGUUUACCAUAUCAUCACAGAUAUGGGUGCUAUUCCAGAUCAUUUUAUCUGCAGUCUCAUUGCAAAUCUCUGAAAAUUGCUAUAUGAUAUUAAUGUGGUUCCUGACACAAAUACUUUUCCAAAUACUGAUACCAGAUACUGAUUUGUGUGACUUGAUUUUAAAAAAGAGCCCUGGAACACCACCAAGGAUACUGAUGACUCUCCUGUGUUAACUCUCUAUGACCCCUGACUUGAACCAGGGCAGCAAGGAGCAGACUGGUGAGUGGGAACGGGGCUAAGGACACCGAACAUAGCUGUCCUAGCACAUUGCCUAUCUAUUGUCUGUUCAAACAUUGGGCACAUAGGCACGACAGGCCCAGAUUCACACCGUGCCCCUGCCAAGCUCAGGACGAGGGAUAGAGGACAGAGUGCCAUGGUUCAUGCAGAGAGAGAGAGAGAGAGAGAGAGAGAGGGUUUAGGGAUGAGGUGUGUGGCUUCGAGCAGACGUUCAGGUCACACCUGCAUCCCUCUGCCUCAACCAUGACACCAUUUCUCUUUUAAUCGACAUACCCUCAGGGCUUUGGGUGGACAGUGCUUCACAGGCACCUGCUCCCUGGAAAAACAUAAAAAAUGCCCCACAGUAAAAAAUGGUGCCAUAAAUAAAGAGGCCAAGCAAAUACCCUUCACAUCCAAGGCUUAGCCACAUACCCCAGGAGUCUUUUUAUAGAUUGUGUAUCAAUCUAAGUUACUAAACCAAAAAAUCCCCAUCAAAAUCCACCAGUUUAAGCUAGAGAUAUCAGUUUUUUUGUGUCUGAAGCGCCCGAACGGUUUGACUAAUUUAACCACUCUAUGGAAAGUGGAUACCCCAACAAAUGUCACGGAACUCAUCUGAAGGUAACCAGUUUAAAAAACGAAUGGAAGUAUUAAGGUAGUUUUGUGCCUACCCAAAAAAAGGGGUUCAAUAUGUGUAAAAAAUAUAUAUAUUCAGUACAUAUAUUUCCUGAGUUUAAAAAAAUGAUCGACAAGAUUUAGGACAUACACUUCAUAACCUUGUUUCUUAUGAUUUCUUUUUUGACUGUCCUUUUUGAAUGUGUUAUUCAAUGCGUUUCUAUUGGCCCAAAUCAAUAUUUUAUUAAAUUGUUUUUUAAAUAUAUUUCUUUGCUACCUAAAGUGGUCCUAAAAUUCUAAAUCAAAUAGCUAAAUGCUCCAUAGUAUGACCAUCUUAAAACAAUUCCAUUUGUCAGCAUAGCACCCCCCUGCUUUUCUUUUUGGUCUCCACUCCCUCCAUAAUGUUAAACAUCUAAGAAAGGUUAUGCAACAGUGCUUAUUCUUUUUCGGGUCCAUUUUGUUUCUGAGAAAUAAAUGAUUGUGUUCUAUUUUAAAUUCUCCAGAAGAAUGAGGGUACACAGAUGUCAUCUAGUUAUUUUCUGGGAGGAAGCACUAUUAAUGAUAUGAUGUCAAAUACAGGAGUGGGCUGAUUCAGUCACCAUGGAAACCAUGACCUUAAGCAGAAAGGCAUGCGCUAUCAGAGCUCCCAUUGGCUAGCUAGAUGCUUUAACAUUAUUCAGAGUCAAUUGAAAAUGGUAUGUCUGUGGAUAGUGUUAUUUGAAAUGCACCUCAACUAUGAAACAAUAUGCUUACAGUGAUGUAGUAGCAUUUCAUCCCCUUGCACUUGACCAGUGUUUAGUAUUAAAAGGCAGAGUAUGGAGGUUGUCACAGAUUAUAAUGAUAUGUAGCGUCACCCUUGUUGCUUUUCCACUUAAACCCAGACAGUAAAGGAUGCAGAAUCGGGGAAUAGGCAAAUCCCGUCAUCAGUUUUAAACGUCAUUUCUACUGUAUACUUGGACAGAAAGACUAAAUCCUCAAAGAUGAAUGAAUAACUUAUUUUAAUGUCAUGUGGCACGUUAUGACCUAAUUAUAAUUCAGGUAACUCCAUCUUACAUGAGCUUCUUCAACAGUUUUAGUCAACAUGAAACAAACAUGUUCAUCAGUGUGGCAUCUCUGCCAAUACAAUAACUAAAGAUGUUUACAUGGAGUUUAGCACAGACGUAAACUAUCUCUG